AUGGCGUCAACACUGAAACCAUAUCUGAACGCAGUUAAGGAGACUUUGAAUGCAGCAAUCUGCCUCCAGAAUUUUGAUUCUCAGAAUGUAGAGAGACACAACAAGCCAGAAGUUGAAGUCAAAACCAACAAAGAACUACUGCUGACGCCAGUUGUCAUCAGCCGAAACGAGAAGGAGAAAGUUUUAAUUGAAGGCAGCAUUAAUUCUUUACGGAUCAGUAUAGCCAUUAAACAGGCCGACGAGAUAGAAAAAGAUUCUGUGCCACAAGUUCACCAGGUUCAUGAUGAUGAGAGCGGAAAAUUUUACCAUCUUGAGGAGAAAGCAGGUCGAGGGCUAUGA